AUGGGCGACCAGAGCCAAAAGGCAAAAAGGACAUGGGAAAUUUGCAACAUACUAGAUGAACAUAAUGCAAAGAUGCAACAACUUCAAGCAGAGGGCAAUGAAGGAAAAAGAAGAGUUAAAAACUCAGUCAGGAAGAAAGUAAAGCUUGGUCCACGUGGGUUCUAUUAUGACAUAUAA